AUGUCUAAGCCUAGAACUCUUUAUGAUAAGGUCUUUGAUAGCCACAUCGUUCAUGAAGAUGAAUCAAAUUCAUAUUUAUUAUAUAUUGAUAGACAUCUGGUUCACGAAGUUACUUCUCCGCAAGCAUUUGAAGGUUUAAAAAAUGCUAAUAGAACAGUGAGAAGAAAAGACUGUACUUUAGCCACCGUGGAUCAUAAUAUUCCAACAGAAUCAAGAAAACAUUUUAAAUCAACAAAAACUUUUAUUAAACAAAAUGAUUCAAGAUUACAAGUGGAAACUUUAGAAAAAAAUGUUAAAGAAUUUGAAGUUAAAUUUUUUGGUAUGGAUUCAAAGAACCAAGGUAUUGUUCAUAUCAUUGGUCCAGAACAAGGUUUUACUUUACCGGGUACCACUGUUGUUUGUGGUGAUUCACACACCUCGACUCACGGUGCGUUUGGUGCUUUAGCCUUUGGUAUCGGUACUUCAGAAGUUGAGCAUGUUUUAGCCACUCAAACUAUUAUUCAAACAAAAUCAAAAAAUAUGAGAAUACAAGUUAAUGGGAAAUUAAAUGAAGGUAUUACUUCGAAAGAUUUGAUUUUACAUAUUAUCGGUGUAAUCGGUACUGCAGGUGGUACUGGGUGUGUUAUGGAAUUCGCUGGUGAAGCUAUUGAGAAUUUGUCAAUGGAGGCAAGAAUGUCAAUGUGUAAUAUGUCAAUCGAAGCAGGUGCAAGAGCAGGUAUGAUUAAGCCAGAUCAGACUACUUUUGAUUACGUCAAAGGUAGACCUUUGGCUCCUUCGGGUGCUGAAUGGGAUAAAGCUGUUGCUUAUUGGAAAACUUUAUAUACAGAUGAAAAUGCAAAAUUCGAUAAAGAAAUUAUUAUUGCAGCAAAAGAUAUUAUACCAACUGUUACUUGGGGUACUUCUCCACAGGAUGCUUUGCCUAUUACAGCAAGCGUUCCAGAUCCAAAUAAGAUUGAUGAUCCAAUAAACAAAAAAGCAAUGGAACGAGCUUUGGAAUAUAUGGGAUUGGAAGCAAACACUAAUCUUGAAGAUAUUAAAAUUGACAAAGUCUUCAUUGGUUCAUGUACAAACGCAAGAAUUGAAGAUUUAAGAAAUGCAGCUGCAGUUAUUAAAGGUCAUAAAAUUGCUUCAAAUAUUAAAAGAGCUAUGGUCGUGCCAGGUUCAGGUUUGGUAAAAUUAGAGGCUGAAAAAGAAGGAUUAGAUCAAAUCUUUGUUGAUGCAGGGUUUGAAUGGAGAGAAGCAGGUUGUUCUAUGUGUUUAGGUAUGAAUCCAGAUAUCUUAUCUCCACAAGAACGUUGUGCCUCAACUUCAAACAGAAACUUCGAGGGUCGUCAAGGUGCCGCAUCAAGGACUCAUUUAAUGUCACCAGCCAUGGCUGCUGCCGCUGCUGUCCAUGGCCGUUUAUUUGAUAUUAGAAAGUUUGAAUAUAAAAAUGGUGAUGUUGCUCAAAUUGAAAUAACAUCUUCAAAGCCUUCCACUAGUGAAGAUAAGCUACUACAAGAAUCAGUUUAUAAUCAUGAAAAGAUUCCUGUUCAGCCAAAUGAUGCUUCCUCAGAGGUAGCAGAAGAUGAAAUUGAUGAUAUACCAGUCGAUCAUUUAGAUAAAAACGUAAAGAAGUCAAUUAAAAUUAACCCAAACGAUACACCUCACACUAAAAAAACAAGCUCUUCUGGUAUGGAAUCUUUUACCGUUUUAAAAGGUAUUGCAGCUCCAUUAGAUAAACAAAAUGUCGAUACUGAUGCAAUCAUCCCAAAGCAAUUUUUAAAGACAAUUAAGAGAACAGGUUUAGGAUCAGGGUUAUUUUAUGAAUGGCGUUUCAAAAAGGAUGCUAAUAAUAAAGAUCAAGAAACUGAUUUUGUCUUAAAUGUUGAACCUUAUAGAAACGCUAAAAUUUUACUGGUUACUGGUGACAAUUUUGGUUGUGGUUCCUCUAGAGAGCAUGCACCAUGGGCAUUAAAGGAUUUUGGUAUUCAAUGUAUGAUUGCCCCCUCAUUUGGUGAUAUUUUCUAUAACAAUUCUUUUAAAAAUGGAUUAUUGCCAAUAAGAAUAGAUCAAGAUAUUAUUUUAGAAAAAUUAAUUCCAAUUGCCAAAGCAGGUAAAGAAUUAGUUAUUGAUUUACCAAAGCAACAAAUUUUGGAUUCUGAUGGUAAUAUUGUCAUUGAACAGUUUGAUGUUGACCCGUUCAGAAAGCAUUGUUUAGUUAACGGUUUAGAUGACAUUGGGUUAACCUUACAAAAAGAAGAAUUCAUUAAAAAAUAUGAAGCCUUAAGAAAAGAUAAAUUCUCUUUCUUAGAAGGUGGCUCCAGAUUGAUCAAACCAGUCAUUGGAACCAAAAAGAGCCCAUACGGUGUAUUAGCCCAAGAAUGGUAA